CUUUUGGUUCACACGACUCUGGCGAUCUGGCGCGGCUGCUCCAUCUGGAUUACGACCUGCGGCGCGCACACCGGGGCAAGCGUACCCGAUACAGACACUCAAGACGAAUUCAAGAGGACCAGCUCGCGGCCAUCUCUCGCGAUGCCCACCGUGCCCACCUCCGAGGUCGCCGGCCUCUCCCUCUCCUCCCGGACCGUCCACGGCGAUGACCACAUCUCUGUGCACCGGGCUGUCGCGCCGGCGAUGCACGUUAGCACUACGUUCCGCUACAACGAUGACUCGGACCAGCUGUCGAGCGGGGAAAACAUUGACCCCACGGCGCCGCUAGACUCACACAUCUACUCGCGAGACUCGGGACCCAACACGACUCGCCUCGAGGCCAUCCUUGAGUCCAUUCUGGGGGGACCUUCGCUCACCUACUCGUCCGGUCUAUCCGCCUUCCAUGCCAUGCUCGUGCGCAUCAACCCGCGCCGAAUCGCCAUUGGCGAUGGCUACCAUGGCUGCCACGGCGUCAUCAAGAUCUUUGCCCGCCUUACCGGCUUGCAGCAACUGCCCCUCGACUGCGACCCCUCUGAGCUGGGGCCGGGUGACAUUGUUCAUGUCGAGACGCCUCUCAACCCAACAGGCGAGGCCCGUGACCUGCGAUACUACGCCGACAAGGCGCACAAGGCCGGCGCGUAUCUGACCGUCGACGCCACGUUUGCACCACCGCCGCUGCAAGACCCCUUGGCCUUCGGCGCCGACGUCAUUAUGCACAGCGGCACCAAGUACUUUGGCGGGCACUCGGACAUGCUUUGCGGGACGCUGACGGUGCGGCCUGGCCUGGACUGGAUGAAGGAUCUGCGUCGGGAGCGCAUGGUGCUGGGAUCCGUCAUGGGCAGCCUCGAGGGCUGGCUAGGUGUUCGAUCGCUGCGGACUCUCGAGCUGCGCGUCACGCGGCAAAGCGCCACGGCCACGGCUCUGGUCGCCUGGCUUGCGGAGCAGGCCAAGGACACGACCACGGCAGUCGGCGCUGUGGUGGAGCGGUUGCAACACGCAAGCUUGCAGCCCGAGGCCAGCCAGGAGGGCAGCUGGCUGCAGAAGCAGAUGCCGCGGGGCUACGGGCCCGUAUUCGCCAUCUGGAUGAAGGACCAGGACACGGCACGGAAGCUGCCGAGCCGACUGCGGCUUUUCCAACACGCGACGAGCCUGGGGGGUGUGGAGAGUCUUAUCGAGUGGCGCGCAAUGUCGGACCCGGGCAUGGACAAGCGGGUUUUGCGAGUGAGCAUUGGCGUGGAGGGACUGGAGGACCUGAAGGAGGACCUGCGGCAGGCUUUCGAGAGCCUCAGGGCCCAGUAGAUUGUAUAUAUAUGGACGAUGAGAGGAUGAUUGAGUUCCUCCCGUGGGACUCUGCCUCAGCUUCCUCGUUGGUGCUGACGAACCAAAGGACUGUUCGCUACAUGGUGGCCAGCCUCUUGGUGAAGAUGCUGGUGUGAAGAGAAUGGUGCGGGUGUCGUCUUGUACGUGCCGUGUAACCACGUAGGUACCUCGUUGGUUGGAGUCUUGUUGGUUCGUCUUUUCCGGUCUUGGAACGCCACCAGUGCUUCGGACGCGUUGCUCCUUCCCUUGCAAAUGAGUGGCAGGAAGGCGAGUCGGUCGCGGCUGCUGCCGAAAAGUGCCGAUACUGGCCCCAUGGAAGGCACUUGCUUGCCGGGCAUGCAGAGACUGCUGCAGGUGAAGCUGCGGCAGGAAGAAGGGCAUAGGCAGUUUCCUUACUACUACUCCGUACCUUAAGG